AUGAUGGAUGACUAUGUGAGCGAGUCGGACAGCGACUACACGAGCUACUGGAGGGAUUGGUUUAUCUCGUCUAGGGGCAACGAGUACUUUUGUGAAAUCGAUGAGGACUAUCUCACAGAUAGGUUCAACCUGACAGGCCUAAACACCGAGGUUCAGUACUACCAAUAUGCGCUGGAUCUCGUCACCGAUGUCUUUGAUCUCGAGUGUGAUGAUGAGAUGCGCGAAGCCAUAGAGAAGUCUGCGAGGCACCUUUAUGGUCUUGUGCAUGCUCGCUAUAUUGUUACGACUAGGGGUCUAUCAAAAAUGCUUGACAAGUACAAAAAGGCCGAGUUUGGAAAAUGCCCUCGUGUCAUGUGCCACUCCCACCCUCUCCUUCCCAUGGGUCUUUCUGAUGUGCCCAACCUGAAGCCAGUCAAGCUCUACUGUGCCAAAUGCGAGGACAUCUACAAUCCCAAAUCAUCGCGCCAUGCCGCCAUUGACGGCGCUUACUUUGGCACCUCGUUCCAUAAUAUCCUCUUUCAAGUGUAUCCUACCCUCAUCCCCACUAAGAGCGUAGACCGAUACGUCCCCCGUGUCUACGGAUUCAAGGUUCACGCCUCUGCGGCCCUGAUUCGCUGGCAGAGCUCUAAGCGCGACGAGAUGCGUCGUCGACUUCGCAAGCUCGAGAUCGACACUGGUUUCCGCGACGAGAUGGAGGAUGAAGAAGAGGACGACGACGAGGAACUCGAGUUUGAGGGAAUAGACGGCCGCAUGGCUGUUGUUGAGGGCCUUUAG